CGUGUGUAUUUAAAUCGAGUGGCAUGGUAACACACAACUCCCCCUUCUAGCUAGCAACAAUCUAAAUUACAUUAGCAAAACGUUUUCCUUUUCUUUCUUCGUAAGACGAAUAUUUAGAAAACAAUAGUAUGUUGCUUGGGAAUCUACGACGGCCACGCAUGCAGAGAACACCAAGCAUAACGAAAAUCACCAUCGAGGUUGAUGAUACUCACACCGCCGGUCAAGAUUCUGACGUGGCUAUGGCAGUGGUAGACGGCGGAGAUAACUACGACCACCGGUUGUUGGCAAUGUUUUCGCGGAGAAAUCACAGAAGAAACGAGAGAAAAGAUGAUCGGAAAUCAUCUUUGCCGUCGUCGUCUUUUCUUGGAAGCUGUGGAUUUUGCAAACGCCGUUUAGCUCCCGGUCGUGAUAUUUACAUGUACAAAGGAGAUGCAGCGUUUUGUAGCGUGGAAUGCAGAGAACAGCAAAUGGAGCACGACGAAGGCAAAGCCAGAAACAGCGUCGUACUAUCACCAUCAAAUUAGUUCUUACCCUUAAAGUCUUAAGUUUGUGUGUAACUUGAGAUUGCCGCCCUUAAUUAUUAAUUAGCACCGUUAUGUAAAAUGUUCAUUCUAAAAAAUUGGAAUGAAAACAUGUUUCGUGUCCUUCAUAUUAUAUAAUUUGGUGUUAUGCAUUUUUUACUUUAUGUAUUUUUAAAGAGCUAGUGAAAGUUGAAGUAAGCGCA